CCGGCCCAAAGCCCAUUGAAUAGAAAUUAGAAAGUGAGGGAGAAUUCCGAGUUGCAGUGGCGAGGGGAAACAUUCUUGCUCACAACUCACACAAGGAAGCUUCAAUGGCGUCGGCACAGCAUAUAGAUGGUGAAGGAAACAGUGUGGUUGAAAAUUCCGGAACGGCAUCUGAAGCUGGCUGGUUCAUCCUCGGUCAAGAUCAACAACCAAUUGGCCCCUAUACUUCUGCUGAAUUGCGUGAGCAUUAUUCAAAUGGGCAUCUUUUGGAGAACACCCUUGUGUGGUCUGAAGGGUGGGAUGAUUGGAAGCCGCUGUAUUCAAUUCCUGGCUUGUUGGUGAAUCCACCUCAACAGGGUUACACAAAUGGUGUGAUGUCUGUUAAUGUUGAAGAUGAGUUUAAAAAGUUUCAAAAGGAGCUCAAGCAGGCUGAGCAAGAGAUCAAUGAUGAUACAGACAGACCAUCCACCCCACCCGAGGGUGAAGAAGAAUUCACUGAUGAUGAUGGUACACAUUACAAGUGGGACAAGGUUAUUAGGGCUUGGGUUCCUCAGGAAAAUGAAUCUGAAAGAAAUAUGUAUGGUAUGGAAGACAUGGUUUUUGUCAAGGAGGAUGAAGUCUUUCCAACCCUAGAAACAGAUGAUUUUCCCGAAAAGAAAGUUGAGGAUAAUGACAAAGGGAGCAGCUUUACUACUAGUCAUGCUGCUGCUACUACUACUACAGAGGAUAUCAAGGAGUAUACUGAUACAUCGAGGGAAACAAACAAUAACAAGAGAAAGCUGCCUGAGGAAACUUCUGAAAAGAAGGAAGCCAAUAAACCUCCAGAUAGCUGGUUUGAAUUAAAAGUGAAUACUCAUGUAUAUGUUACAGGGUUGCCAGAAGAUGUUACCUUAGAGGAGAUUGUUGAAGUAUUUUCCAAGUGUGGAAUUAUAAAGGAGGACGCAGAUACAAAAAAGCAUCGUGUGAAGAUUUACGUUGAUAAACAAACUGGAAGGAAGAAGGGAGAUGCUCUGGUUACAUAUAUGAAGGAAGCUUCUGUUGAGCUAGCUACCAAAAUUUUAGAUGGCGCACCACUACGGCCCGGAGACAAGAUUCUUAUGUCAGUUACACCAGCUAAGUUCGAACAGAAAGGAGAUAAAUUCAUUUCCAAGCAAAUAGACAAGCAAAAAAAGAGGAAACUUCAAAAGGUGGAACAUAAGAUGCUUGGAUGGGGUGGUCGGGAUGAUGAAAAAGUUCUAAUACCAGCUACUGUUAUACUUCGCCAUAUGUUUGCACCUGCUGAGCUAAGGGCAGAUGAGAGUCUGCUACCUGAGUUGGAGGCCGAUGUUAAGGAGGAAUGUGCAAAACUUGGGCCAGUUGAUUCAAUCAAGGUAUGUGAAAAUCAUCCUCAAGGAGUCGUUUUGAUCAGAUUCAAAGACAGGAAGGAUGCCCGAAAAUGCAUCGAGUUGAUGAAUGGACGGUGGUUUGGGGGGAGACAGGUGCAUGCCAGUGAGGAUGAUGGUUCUGUGAACCACUCUCAGGUUAGAGAUUGGGAUGGGGAAGCUGAGAGGCUGGAGAAGUUUGGGGCUGAGCUAGAAACUGAUGAUUGAGAGAAAGUUGAAGCACUGCCCGCCUGUGCCGAUGGGUCUUCUGCCUGUCCCUCCAUCCCAUAGUUGCUGGGAGUUGGAUUCGGAUUUGCCGUUUUUUUGCUGGGAGCUGAGAUUUUACCCACCUGCUUCAAUACAGAUCACUUCGAAUGAAGGCUUUAGCAUUCAUAAGUUUAGUCAUCAUUUCUUAUUUAGGGAUGUUCUGUUAUUGAUUUUGCUUCUGCUUUUUUUUAGUAGAUGUAGAAUCAGAAUUAUUUUUUACCUCCCGACUUUGUAAAAACCGUUUCUACUUUCUAAGAGCAAUUUGAACACUCAGAAGU